AUGGUUGUCGGAAUUCCAACACCGGUGACUAUUGCUGAAGAAGAAGGAGAUAUGCAUGUAUGUGAAGUUCCAAAUAAUAUGUCAAUCGAUCCAAGUCCAGCAUCAUUUUGUAGUGCAUUAUCACCAUUACAAUCUUUACCAACAAUACCAAAUGAAUUACCAAUUGAAAAAUUGACUAAAUCUUUAAUAAAUCCAAAUGAUUUACCAUUUGAUUUGUUAGCUGGUGAAGAAUGUCUUGAAUUUGGAAUUGAUUUAAUAACUGAUGGAAUACUUUAUUUAACAACAUAUCGUCUAUUUAUAUUUUCAAAUGAAUCAUGUUGUUCAUUUAUAAAUUGUCCAAUACGUUUAAUUGAUGUUAUUGAAAUGAAAGAUAAUAUUUAUUUAUAUAUUCAAUGUAAAGAUAUUCGAUCAUUUCGUUUAACAUUUUGUACAACAGAUAAAUGUGGUUAUUGGUUAAGAAAAUUAACUGAAUCAAUAUCAAUUCCAACAUGUUUAGAAGAUUUAUUUGCAAUAAAAUUUGCUUUAGCUAUACCAAAUCAAGAACGUUCAUUACAAGAUCGUUUUAAUGAUGAAUUAACACGUCUACAAUUAGAUACAGAUCCAUGGCGUUCAACAAGAAUUAAUCGUAAUCAUAAAUUAUGUACAAGUUAUCCAGAAUCUUGUGUUGUACCAUCGUCUAUAUCAGAUGAAGAACUUACUGAAGUUGCAAAAUUUAGAUCAUAUAGAAGAUUUCCAACAAUUGUUUGGAGACAUCAUAAUGGUGCAGUUAUUGCUCGUACUAGUCAACCUGAAGUUGGUUGGCUAUUUUGGCGUUCGAAAGAAGAUGAAAAAAUGAUUCAAGCAAUUAUUCACGCAUGUAAUAGUUCAACAGCAGAUUCUACUCCUCGUGAAACUACGGGUUCAAAUCGUUUAUUAAUUCUUGAUGCUCGAAGUUAUGCAGCAGCAAUUGCAAAUCGUGCUAAAGGUGGUGGUUUUGAAUAUCCACCAUAUUAUACAGAUUGUGAUGUACAAUUCAUGAAUCUACCAAAUAUUCACGCUAUUCGUAAAAGUGCUCAGAUGUUACGUCUUGCUAUUGCCAAUGCUGCACAAGGUGAAAAUUGGCUCUCACAAUUAGAAUCAACCCGAUGGUUACAUAACUUAUCAGCAUUAAUUGGUGCUGCAUCAUUCGUUGUUGCUAAUGUUGAUAAACAUAGUCGUCCUGUACUUGUUCACUGUUCAGAUGGAUGGGAUCGUACACCUCAAAUAACUACAUUAGCUGAAAUAAUGCUUGAUUCAUAUUAUCGAACAAUUGAAGGUUUUCAAAUCUUAGUACAACGUGAAUGGAUUGCAUUUGGACAUAAAUUUGGUGAUCGUUGUGGUCAUGGCGUUGGUGCCAAUGAUCCAAAUGAACGUAGUCCUGUAUUUCUUCAAUGGCUUGAUUGUAUAUAUCAAUUAUUUAUACAAAAUCCAAUUGCAUUUGAAUUUAAUGAAAUGUUUCUUCUUAAAUUAGCAACACAUACAUACACUUGUUUACAUGGAACAUUUUUAUGUAACACAGAUUUUGAACGUACAACAGCUGAUUUAGGAACACGAACAUUGAGUGUGUGGAGUUUAUUGAAUAUCAAAUCAACACAAUUUAUUAAUCACUUGUUUGACGAAACAAGAAAAGAGAUUCUUUAUCCGUCAUAUUCUGUUCGUGAUUUACGUAUAUGGUCUAAUUUAUAUUUAUGUGAUGCUCGAUAUACUCCUGCUGGCUCAUCUGAACAUCCAUCAUCAUCGUCAUCGUUAAUACCUGGUCAUUUACGUUCCUAUGAAGAUUUAUCAUUAACAAAUGGUUUACAUCGCUCAACAUCUGAUCCAAGUUUAAGUGGUUCAGUGAGUCUUGAAUCAUCUUCUAUUACAAUUCGCACUGGAAAUACAAAUGCAAAUAACAAUUCUUUAACAAAUUCAAUGCAAUCAAAUCGUCUACAAAAUUCUACAUCAACAAAUAGUUUAUUUGGUCCACCACAUCAUCUUGGUACACAUAAUGGUAGUAAUAAUAAUGUGACAAAUAAUCCUGUUAAUGGUCUAUCAACUCCAACAUCACCAAAUAAUACACAUAUAACUCCUCCAUCAACUAUAACUCUCGCAAAUAAUAAUUCACAUGAUGAUCUAGAUAAUCAAAUAAAACGACAAAGUAUUGCAACAGAUGAUUCAGCACCAGAUAUAACACAAUUAGCAUUAUCAUUUCAACGUUUUCCAUUAAAUGUUAAUAGUGUUGAUAAUAUCUUACGAACAAUGUCACGUCCAAGAAAACAUACAAAUUCAACAUCAAGUACUGGUUCAAGUUUAUCUGAAGCAUGGUCAUUAACAAGAAUUAAUUCACAUGAAUCUAAUCAAACACAACGACAUACACAACAAACACUUUCCACAUCAUCAAGUAAAACAAUAAAAUCUGUACGAAAACGUAUUGAUGUUGAUGGUUUAACAAAAAUUCCUGAUCAAAUUACUUCAAGAAUGCUUGAAAAAGAACGAGCCUAUGUCCAACAAAUUGAAAGUCUUCAUGAACAUAUGCGACGUAUGCAAAAAUUCGUACAUACAUUAAUUAAAUUCAAUAAUAAUAAUAAUCCUAAUAACAAUAAUAAUCAUCAUAAUACAUCUCCACGUAUGGAUGCAAUAUCACAAAGUAAUAUAAAUAGUGUUGAAACAUCAUCAUGUGCUUCGUGGCAAAAAAUUGAUAAUAGUGAAGGAGCUGUGACUCGUUGGAUGCCAGAUUUUAAUGUUCAUACAUGUCAUUCAUGUCAUACAAAAUUUCAACAAUGGCCUUUUUCACGUAAACAUCAUUGUCGAAAAUGCGGCAAUAUAUUCUGUAGUAAUUGUGCGAAUUGUUAUAAAUUAAUUCCAACAUUAAGUUCAAAUCCUGUACGAGUAUGUCGUGAUUGUUUUCCAACAAUAGAUGAUAAUAAUAAUACUACACCUAUUGAACCAUCACCACCAACAACAAAAAGUGCAGCUCCUAUGCCUAUACAAAAUGGGUGUCGACAACCUAAUGGAACACCAAAUGGAUCAUUUAAUUCAUCUGGAGGACAAAAAAUCAAAGGAUAA